AUGGUAUCCUCCAUGGCUGGGCUCGCUGGUGUCUGCACCAUGAGGAACAGGCAUCUAUGGUUGCUGCCAGGACUCUUGAUGCUGCUGCUGUUGCCAUUGAGAGCUGCAGCCCAGAAGACUAGUGAUUGUGCUCGCUGGUGCCCUCCAAACUCCACAUGUGUCAAUGCCACUGCCUGUCGCUGCUCUCCAGGAUUCAGUUCUUCAUCUGGGGUGAUCUUCACCAGCUUGUUGGAGAUCUGUGAUGAUAUCAAUGAGUGUGGACCACUGUCAGCCGUGUCCUGUGGAAAAUUCGCAGAUUGCCAGAACACAGAGGGGAGCUACUACUGCAAAUGCAUUCCAGGAUACAAGCUUGCUUCUGGGGCAAGAGUGUUCAAAAAUGAGAGUGAGAACACAUGUCAAGAUGUGAAUGCAUGUCAGUGGAAACCCCGAAUCUGUAAAAGCGGGGGCAUCUGCACCAACACUCAGCGCAGCUACACCUAUGAGUGUCCACCCAGCUUGCAGGUCAACCCGGGCGACCCGAAUCUCUGCACAGAUGUGAAUGAAUGCACGUCGGGGCAGAACCCAUGCCACAGCUCCACCCACUGCCUCAACAACAUUGGGAGCUACAAGUGCCGCUGCCGCCCUGGCUGGAAGCCCGUUCCUGGGUCCCCCAAUGGCCCAAACAACACUGUCUGUGAAGAUGUAGACGAGUGCAGCUUUGUGCAGACUACGUGCCACAAGUCCACCAUCUGCAUCAACGCCGUGGGCUCGUAUAAGUGCCGCUGCCGCCGGGGCUGGGAGCCCAAACCUGGAUUCCAGGAUAAUCAACCGAAUACCACCUGUGAAGCCCCUGCAGAGAUGUCCUUCCCCACCUGGACCCCACCCCUUAGAAUCAAGAGCCAGCGGUUCUCCCAUUUCUUUGAAAGAGUCCAAGGUCUGGGGAGACACUUCAAGCCAGCCUUGGCUCAGGACACCAUCCAGUACCUCAUACAGGAGGUGGAUGAGCUGCUCCAGACCCCUGAAGACCUGGAGGCCCUGUCCCGCUCAGAGCAGCACUGUGUGGCCACGAACCUGCUCAGUGGCCUGGAGGAUGUCCUGAGAAACCUGAGUCAGGCUCUACCCAGUGGAACAUUGACCUUCAAUGCAUCUGCAGGCACAGACCUGUCCCUGGAGGUACAGGAGCAAGAAAACAGAAAUGUCACCUUGAGUUCAAAUCAGGCGAAGAUGCUGCUGAACUGGGAUGUGGUGCACAAAUCUGGUGACUCAGGUCCUUCUGUGGCAGGCCUCAUCUCCACUCCGGGGAUGGGCAAGUUGCUGGCAGAGGCCCGCCUGGUCCUGGAGUCUGAGAAGCAGGCAGUUCUGCAUGGGACACACAAGCGUAUUUUGCCAGGAGUCUCCUUGGUCCUGCUCUCAGAUGUCAUCUCUGCCUUUACAAACAAUAAGUACACCCAGAACCUCAGCUCCCCCAUCACCUUCAUCUUCUCUCAUCAUUCAGUGAGCCCUGGGCCAACACAAAAGGUGUUCUGCGUCUUCUGGGAGCGCAGUCAGGGUGGCUGUGGUCAUUGGUCCACUAGAGGCUGCAGGAUGGUGACCACUACAGACGCCAUCACCAUCUGCCAGUGCAACCAUCUCAGCAGCUUUGCCGUUCUCAUGGACCACUACAAUGCGCAGGAGGAGCUUCCUGGGCUGGCUGUGAUCACCCAUGUGGGGCUGGGCAUCUCUCUGCUGUGCCUCCUCCUGGCAGCCCUCACCUUCCUGCUGUGCAAAGCCAUCCAGAACACCAGCACCUCGAUCCACCUGCAGCUGUCAAUCUGCCUCUUCCUGGCCCACCUGCUCUUCCUCACGGCCAUCGAACAGACAGAGAUCAAGGUGCUGUGUGCCAUCAUUGCAGGUGCCCUACACUAUCUCUACCUGGCUUCCUUCACCUGGAUGCUGCUGGAGGGUCUGAAUCUCUUCCUCACUGCUCGCAACCUGAUGGUGGUCAACUACUCCAGUGUGAGGAGGUUCAUGAAGAAAAUCAUGUUCCCUGUGGGCUAUGGAGUCCCAGCUAUAAUUGUGGCCAUUUCUGCAGCAUCCAGGCCUUACCUUUAUGGAACUCCCACACGCUGCUGGCUCCACACAGGAAAGAGAUUUAUGUGGAGCUUCCUUGGACCAGUUUGUGCCAUCUUCUCUGUCAAUUUAGUUUUCUUUCUGAUGACCCUCUGGCUUCUGAAAAGCAAAUUGUCAUCCCUCAACAGUGACGUAUCCACCCUUCAGAACACAAGAAUGCUGACGUUUAAAACCACAGCUCAACUCAUCAUCUUGGGCUGCACGUGGUGCCUGGGCAUCCUGCAGGUGGGUCCAGCUGCCCAUGUCAUGGCUUACCUCUUCACCAUCAUCAACAGCCUGCAGGGCUUCUUCAUCUUCUUGGUGUAUUGCCUCCUCAGCCAGCAGGUCCGGGAACAAUACAAGAAAUGGUUCAAAGGGAUCAGGAAUAGAAGAGCUGAGUCUGAGAAAUACACACUGUCCAGCAAGGUCAUGUCUGAUUCUUCCAGACCCAGCAUGGUUAAUUAAAAAGUGUCUUGAGUUAUAUCCACU